AGGACGGUAGUGUUGAUGCAGUCGCACAGCCAGUCAGUAGCUGCUACGGCACGGAGCCGCGCGCGCGUGCUCCUACUACUCGAGCGGCUUUCUGUGGCACGAUGUCGGAAAGUCGUGAAAUCAUGACAGAGAAGUAUCAGCUAUCUCAACGGAACUGAAACCACCGUCACUAGAGAUUCUCUUCUAUGCCAGCUCGUGUUUGCGGCUUCAUUUCAUUGUGAUUCAACCGUUGUAAGAAUUUAAGAAACUUUUAGAAUAUUGACUAUCCCUUCUUGGGAAGUACGGAAUUUUUAUUUCGUUUUAUUGUGAGAAUUUUAUAAGCAUAAAUCGAGAAACUGUUUGAAAUUGAAGACUCCACCGGAUGGAAAACGUAGGAUAUCGUAUAUCGCGGUGUCGUAACUGUGGCUAAAGAAAUGUGUAAGAAGAAUCAAACAGGUGGACGGAAGGAUCAAACCCACGUUUCUCGCGCUUUCACGUUUUCUCUCCGUCUUAUCGAAGAAUUCUGUCAAAUUUCUGUUACUAAAUUCUAUCAACGCGAAGAAACGCAGACCACGAUAUCGUCAUUCGCCAUCACGAUGCGCGAUUUCAUACACGAAGAAACUGAAUAUUGUGUCUCGACGACAACGCUUCCCAAAAACGGUCGAUUCAACAACUUCGCUAAAGAGCAAGCAUUACCGUUCUAAAGCUCGACUACAUCAAACUUGGCGAAGGAAAACGUGUCAUCGGCUAACCACAACCAUUCAAGAGCCCAACCAUUCAGAACUAUGAAGUCAUGAAGCUUCUGCUGGUUGCCCUGCUCGGUUGCAUGUGCGCGGCCCAUCGCGAGCCGAGCGACGAUUAUUAUAGUUUCGAGGAAAUUCGUUUCGACGACGAUGAUUACGUCGACCGUGAGAAAUCAGCGGAUUUCAUCGAAAGUUUCGACGGUGGUAGUUCGAUAGACGAGAAAAGGUAUAACAAUCACGAUGACUGGAUUCGCGAGUGGGCGUAUCCUUUUCGGUUCGAGAACCCGGAAACACAUCAUCUAAUUCGACACGGUCGUCGGCAAUUUCGAUCGAUGGAUCAAAACACGCCAAUCUCAGGCAACUGGCUGGUGAAAAAAGAAGCUGUGGUCGAGGGUGACUUGGUGUUGGGAGGUUUAAUGAUGGUGCAUGAAAGAGGGGAAACGGUUACCUGCGGCCCUGUGAUGCCGCAAGGAGGCGUGCAGGCACUCGAGGCGAUGCUUUACACGUUGGAUAAGCUCAACGAAGAGGGUAUUGUGCCUGGUGUGAAAAUUGGAGCACACAUCCUAGACGACUGCGAUAAGGACACGUACGGCCUCGAAAUGGCCGUGGAUUUCAUAAAAGAUUCAAUUCUCCAAACACAAAUUGAAUUACUCAACAGCGUGUUACAACAAUGAAGAGUCAACGUUUAUUUACUUACAUAGCUAUUAAAGAAACCAUGAGGCAAGAAAUUAAUAAGAUGGUGAUUACAACAGAAGUUCCAGAAGCUAGUCUUCUCUCUGCCAACACUUGGGAACGAUGAUCGCUAAUGAUGUCUGCGUGUUGGUAUUGAAUUUCCAGAUUGCUCGUUGCAUGCCACGAUCUUUCGUGCUAUGUCAAAUAUUAACUCAACACGCGAACCUUUAACGCAGGAACACGCUCUGCAAGGUAAAUCAAUUCGAUUUGGCAAAAUCAGUCGAAUUCUAUGAUAAAUUUCCAGCAAUAAUUUAACCGAAUGAGACACGGUGAUUAGAGCGUUCCAACGAUGAGAAGAGAUUAAUUUAACAGAUAAAACUACUUACUUUCAGUACUAAAAUUAUCAAUCUUGCAAAACAUGCCAGGUUUUAGAUAUUUUAAAAAUGUUACAAUUACUAAAAUAAAAAUAUUCAAAUAAUAGAAGUCUUUCAUAUUACUACCCAUUUUCUCCUUUAUAUCUGAAGGCAAACGAAACGAUUCGACAGCUUAACACAAAACAGCGUUUCAUUAAAACGAUAGAAGCGCACGUAUCGAUUUUACGUUCGAUUUUUAAUCACCGUCAUAACACGCGCACCGUAAAUCCCAAUAAAUGGAAUGCAAAUGCUAAAUCACGCAACAAAGAACAGCUGUUUCAUGCAACUGCCAGAGAUACAAACGAUAAAAAGAGAACAGAAGGGAUUAACAGGGUUGCAAUAAAACUCAAACGAUAGCCGAUUUUCAAAAUAGGAAAUUGAUACGU